AUGGUUACAUGCAGCAUAUGUAAACAGAAGUUUAUGCAUACAUGUGUCAAUUUAUCUGUAAACGAAGUACGUACGUUAAAUGGUAAUAGAGGUUAUGACUGGACCUGUAUCGGUUGUAGAGCGAUGGGAAAAGACAUGAAAGAUCUAAAAGCUUUAAUUAUCCAGCUUCAGAACGAUAUUAAGGAUCUCCGAGAUAAAAAUCUUCGAAUUGUUUAUAAUAGGGCUUCGCCUGACUUCGACUUUGAAGAUGUGAUGACAGAAUUUACUGAAAGACAAAAGCGAAGGAACAACAUUGUCAUUUUUAAAGUGUCAGAGCCCGACCAAAACAAAUCCUUAAAAGAACAAAAAGUGAUAGACAAAAAUAAGGUAUCUGCAAUUCUAAACACUGUUGCUUCAGAUCUACCUACAACAAAUAUCAAGCCAAUAAGAUUGGGGGCUUCCGCAGCAUCUAAAAUUAGACCUAUUAAAAUAAUAUUGGAGAGCGAAACAACAGUGAGCUCAGUCUUGAAAAAUUCCAAGCGUCUAAAUCGAACUCGAAUAUCAAGCAAGUAAUUGUAGCUGUAGAUCGCACAAAACAAAGUAAUAUAAAAAAGUUAAGCAAGAACGCGAUGGUCGAAUCAACAACGGUGAUGUUAACAUCCGAAUAAGGUAUGUUAACAACAUUCUAAAAAUCGUACCUAUAGUUACUUCUUUAAACUAGAACAGCCCAACAGCAUCAACAACGAGAUAGUGUCCAUUUAUUACCAGAAUAUAAGAGGUCUUAACACCAAAGUUGACCAAUUUUCAGCUAAUGUAAGUGACAGUGAAUACAAUAUUAUGGUGCUCACUGAAACUUGGUUAAAGCCUGAAAUCAACUUGAAUGAACUAUUUCCUAAUGGUCAUUAUGAUGUUCACCGCAGAGACAGGAAACUUGAUUUUAAACUUAUCUUCUGGUUGUGGUGUGUUAUUCACUAUUGAUCGAUCCUGAUAUGAAAUCUGAACCUGUUCUAAUUCAAGAUUUGGACGAUAACUUUCCCGAUAUUGACUUUUUAGUGUGCAUGUGUCAAUGUAAUAUUUGUACUAUAUUUGUAGUAGUUAUCUAUAUUCCACCAUCAACCCCUCUAGGGAAUUUUGAUAGAUUUUAGAUGGACUUAUAGGGUUCGAAAUUUUACAUUCCCAGAGGGUUUCGAUUGUGAAAGACUUUAACGCUACCAAUUUUAUUUUAAAUAAUACUGAGGAUAAUAAGACUCGCUUAAUUACAAACUUUUUGACUAUUUUGGAUAUGAAACAAUUUAAUAUUGUUUCUAAUAACUACAAUCGUAUACUAGUCCUGGUAAUGAGUAAUAUAAGUUGUUCUGUCAUCAGAGAAAACACAGCACUUGUUAUCGAAGAUGCUUAUCACCCUUCAUUACAUAUACGAGUAUAGGUCCUAAUAAAAUAUACAUUAAACAUGAAAAGUUAGACACAAAUAUUAAUGAAAAGAUGUACAACUUUAAAAUUGCUAACUAUCACUUGUUAUAUAAUGCUCUAUUACAUGUUGACUGGCACUUCCUUGCAAAUUUUGACAACUCCAACCUAGCAGUGGAAAGUUUCUAUAAUAAAAUUAUGAAAUUAUUGAUGCUUAUGUUCCACUUAAAAAAAAUUUUAAACAUAAAUACAGGCGAAAUUAUAAAUCUAAUAAAGUAUAAAGCUAAAAUACAUAUUAAUUUUAAAAGAACAAAACAUAUUGCUCACUAUCAGGAAUUAAGUAGACUUAAAACAUUAGUUAAACAGAAAAUCUCCAAGUCUGCUUAGUAAAUGAACCUAAAUCUUUUUGGUACAUCAAAAAAAUAAUAGUUCAAGAAUUCCUGAAACAACGCAUUGCGAUGAGGAAUCAUAUAAUAAUCCCCAAGAUAUUGCAAACGCUUUUGGAAUAUUUUGAAAGUGUUUUUUCUUUGGCAGAUCCAGAUGAUGCAAAUCUAAAUUUUAACUUUCAAAAUGGUAAUCUAAUUGAUAUUAGUU